AUGUGGUGGUGGACCGGGGUGAGGGAGGGGUGGGGUGGGGGGGGGGGGGGGGGGGGGGGGGGGGGGGGGGGGGGGGGGGGGGGGGGGGGGGGGGGGGGGGGGGGGGGGGGGGGGGGGGGGGGGGGGGGGGGGGGGGGGGGGGGGGGGGGGGGGGGGGGGGGGGGGGGGGGGGGGGGGGGGGGGGGGGGGGGGGGGGGGGGGGGGGGGGGGGGGGGGGGGGGGGGGGGGGGGGGGGGGGGGGGGGGGGGGGGGGGGGGGGGGGGGGGGGGGGGGGGGGGGGGGGGGGGGGGGGGGGGGGGGGGGGGGGGGGGGGGGGGGGGGGGGGGGGGGGGGGGGGGGGGGGGGGGGGGGGGGGGGGGGGGGGGGGGGGGGGGGGGGGGGGGGGGGGGGGGGGGGGGGGGGGGGGGGGGGGGGGGGGGGGGGGGGGGGGGGGGGGGGGGGGGGGGGGGGGGGGGGGGGGGGGGGGGGGGGGGGGGGGGGGGGGGGGGGGGGGGGGGGGGGGGGGGGGGGGGGGGGGGGGGGGGGGGGGGGGGGGGGGGGGGGGGGGGGGGGGGGGGGGGGGGGGGGGGGGGGGGGGGGGGGGGGGGGGGGGGGGGGGGGGGGGGGGGGGGGGGGGGGGGGGGGGGGGGGGGGGGGGGGGGGGGGGGGGGGGGGGGGGGGGGGGGGGGGGGGGGGGGGGGGGGGGGGGGGGGGGGGGGGGGGGGGGGGGGGGGGGGGGGGGGGGGGGGGGGGGGGGGGGGGGGGGGGGGGGGGGGGGGGGGGGGGGGGGGGGGGGGGGGGGGGGGGGGGGGGGGGGGGGGGGGGGGGGGGGGGGGGGGGGGGGGGGGGGGGGGGGGGGGGGGGGGGGGGGGGGGGGGGGGGGGGGGGGGGGGGGGGGGGGGGGGGGGGGGGGGGGGGGGGGGGGGGGGGGGGGGGGGGGGGGGGGGGGGGGGGGGGGGGGGGGGGGGGGGGGGGGGGGGGGGGGGGGGGGGGGGGGGGGGGGGGGGGGGGGGGGGGGGGGGGGGGGGGGGGGGGGGGGGGGGGGGGGGGGGGGGGGGGGGGGGGGGGGGGGGGGGGGGGGGGGGGGGGGGGGGGGGGGGGGGGGGGGGGGGGGGGGGGGGGGGGGGGGGGGGGGGGGGGGGGGGGGGGGGGGGGGGGGGGGGGGGGGGGGGGGGGGGGGGGGGGGGGGGGGGGGGGGGGGGGGGGGGGGGGGGGGGGGGGGGGGGGGGGGGGGGGGGGGGGGGGGGGGGGGGGGGGGGGGGGGGGGGGGGGGGGGGGGGGGGGGGGGGGGGGGGGGGGGGGGGGGGGGGGGGGGGGGGGGGGGGGGGGGGGGGGGGGGGGGGGGGGGGGGGGGGGGGGGGGGGGGGGGGGGGGGGGGGGGGGGGGGGGGGGGGGGGGGGGGGGGGGGGGGGGGGGGGGGGGGGGGGGGGGGGGGGUGGGGGGGGGGGGGGGGGGGGGGGGGGGGGGGGGGGGGGGGGGGGGGGGGGGGGGGGGGGGGGCUCCACGCACUCGGAGGUAGGAGCGGGCUGUUCUCUUCCUCCUCCCCCUAACGUGAGGUCAUCUGCGGGGCUGGGGCAGGGAGACGCACCGCUCCCCUCAGCUGUGUCACCUCCAUGGUCUCCCCCCGGACUAUACUCCCCCACUCCCCCCAUCCAACAGGGGUCAGUGGUGUCUGAGAAGAUCGGUCUGGGCGGCCUGAAUGUGGUUGAAAACGGAGACAGAGACAUGAGCAGUCUGUGUGGUGACCCGUUGGUAUCAAAGUCAUGA